UCUUGAGAGAUACCCAGUUGGAGGAGCAAGAAACCUCAGCGAGACAAUAAGAAUAUUAAAAAGUAUAUAAAUAUCCGAAAAGCAAAGAUAUCGCCGCAAGUUACACGGUUCUCAAUCGGUGCAGAAAAAACAACAACAAAGCUACAGCAAUGAUGAAGGUUUUGGUUGUGUCCCUGUUCGCUCUCGUGGCAUCUUCGGUCGCUGCCCCUCAUGGCUUCGUCCUUCAGAGACAAGACACCACCGGAGGGCCCUUCACGUGGCUCUCGGCCCUGAAGGAAGCGCACGCCAGGGGAAGCGUCCUGGCACCCGUCACCGUCCCAAGGGCCUCUGUUGUCGUAGGGCCUCACCGUGGAUUCACAUUCUCCAGCAACAAGCCCCUCUCCCAGUGGCUCCACGGUGUAGUUCAGUCCGCUGUGGCAGGACACAACUCCCUGCACAAAUCCCUCGCCUUUGCCCCAACUGUCAACCGUUACCAUGGCUCUUUCGUCGUCCCUGCUCGCGGAUUCCCUCAAAUCCCUGUAGUUCCCACGACCUUUACUGUCACCAGGACCCACUCUAUCCCCUCUAUCACCACGACAAACUCUGUACCGAAGACCACCACGACCACCACCGUCCCCAUGACCACCUCCCCCUCGACGACCACCACCACCACGACCUCCAUUCCCUCGACCACCACCACCACGACCUCCGUUCCCUCGACGACCACCCUCCUUCCCCGUAGCCUCGAAGGGGACACCGACGUGAACUACGUGGGCCCCGUCCCCCGAGAGAACCCCAACGCCGAGGUCUUCGACGAGGAGCUGGUGAGGGAGGACGCCCGCAGGCACUUCGACGGCGUGUCCGAGGAGUUCGGUGAAGCCCAGCCUGGGUCGCCGGAGGUCGUUAGGUCACAGCCCGUGGAUUCCGAGCCUACAGACACGCCCUUCUUGUAAAGUGCCGUAAUGAUACGUAAUAUUACGGUCAUAUAACCAAAGCGUGCCAUAAAGUUCGUUGUCACACUGCACUGGUGACGCUAGCGAUCGACCUUGGCACAGUGCCAUAAAUAUAUCUCAAGGAAAUGUAUUCCCCGUGCCCUGUGCCCCUUGGCUUACCCAGACAUAACGAAGCAGCUCAUUAUUUAUUAAUUUCUAUGUCCAUAAAGCCUUAAGAGGUCACAUAACUAAACGCAAACUUGCAUUGUUAUGUAAGAGUCGCGGAAUACAUUUCUUGAUACACUUUCCUAAGUCUAAGAUCCUGUACGUUAAUUAUAUUGUUUGUUAUCUUUUUUUAAAUAAACAAUUAAUUCCCAAAUAA